UCAUUAUUAUGGCUGAUAGUGAUGCACAGAUAGCAAGGAGAAGCGCCAUAAUUGGCGUAUCUACCUUGUUAUUGGUGGCCAUGAUUAUUGUUGUCAUGGUUGGCGCCAGAAACAAAUAUAGUUUUAAGGACGAUAUAGAAGACAAUAAAAAGAAUCAUGUUGCUUCUACGAUGAAAGCAAUACGAACCAUUUGUCAACCGACCGAUUACAAGAAGGAAUGUGAGGAAUCCUUAAGAGCAGAGGCAGAGGCAGACAAUGUUACAGACCCAAAAGAACUUAUUAAAAUAGCAUUCAAUGUUACCAUCAAGAAAAUUGGUGAAAAACUCAAGGAAACGGAUAUGUUGUGCGAGCUCGAGAAGGAUCCUAGAUCCAAGGAUGCACUUGAUACUUGCAAGCAACUUAUGGAUCUCUCAAUAGAUGAAUUCACAAGGUCGCUUGAUGGAAUAGGCAAGUUGAAUAUUCAAAAUAUUGAGAACAUUCUCAUGAAUUUGAAGGUUUGGCUCAAUGGUGCUGUCACGUACAUGGAUACAUGCUUGGAUGGAUUUGAGAAUACUACUAGCGAAGCUGGUAAAAAAAUGAAAGAGUUAUUAACAUCAAGCAUGCACAUGAGUAGCAAUGCUCUUGCCAUUAUUACAGAUUUUGCUGACACUAUCUCUGAUAUGAACGUGACCAAAAUUGUUGGACGUCGUCUCCUUCAAGAUUAUAAGACUCCUUCUUGGGUUGAACAUCGCAAACUCCUUGAUGCAAAGACAAACGCAUUCAAACAUACGCCUAAUGUUACCGUAGCUUUAGAUGGUAGUGGUGAUUUUAAGAGCAUCAAUGAGGCAUUGAAAAAGGUUCCUCAUGAGGAGAGCAAAACACCAUUUGUGAUCUACAUUAAAGCAGGUGUUUACCGAGAGUAUGUUGAAGUUUUAACAAAUAUGACACAUAUUGUGUUUGUUGGUGAUGGUGGUAAGAAGUCAAUAAUCACCGGCAACAAAAACUUUAUGGAUGGAGUUACGACUUACCACACCGCCACUGUUGCAAUUCAAGGAGAUCACUUUACCGCCAUUAACAUGGGUUUCGAGAACUCAGCUGGUCCACAAAAACAUCAAGCAGUGGCACUAAGAGUUCAAGGAGAUAAGGCUAUCUUCUACAAUUGCUCAAUGGAUGGAUAUCAAGACACACUUUAUGUACACGCCAUGCGUCAAUUCUACCGUGACUGCACCAUUUCAGGUACCAUCGACUUUGUCUUUGGCAAUGCAGAAUCAGUAUUCCAAAACUGCAAAUUUGUGGUCCGAAAGCCUAUGUCAGACCAACAAUGCAUUGUGACCGCACAAGGAAGAAAAGAAAGAACGGCACCAUCAGCAAUAGUCAUCGAAGGAGGCUCUAUUGUUGCCGACCCUGAGUUCUAUCCAGUCAGGUUUGACCACAAGUCCUACCUAGCCCGUCCAUGGAAGAACUUCUCAAGGACUAUCAUCAUGGAUACAUUCAUCGAUGAUUUGAUUCAUCCCGAUGGUUUUUUGCCAUGGCAUACAGAAGAGGGGCCUAUUAAUAUGGACACUUGCUACUAUGCUGAAUACCAUAACUAUGGCCCUGGUUCAGACAAAUCAAAGCGUGUGAAAUGGGCUGGAAUCUAUAACAUCAAUACAAAGGCUGCACAAAAGUUUGCACCAUCCAAGUUCUUCCAUGGUGGUGACUGGAUUAAGGACACUGGAAUUCCUUACUAUCCAAAUAUACCGGAACACAAGAAGCACGAAAAGACAGUGCCUAAAUGGUGAUCUUGAUAGUGUUUUUUUUUAAUGGAUGGUAGUGAGUGUAUAUGAAAAGUAUUCAUAAUUAAUCCCUAACUAUUACUUUUGUCGAUCCGUUUUGUCAUUUUGAUACCAUCGAUUAAGAGGAUGUUCUUAGUUUUUUUUUCAAGAGAUGCAUAGCUCUGCAAUUGAUGCAAGUUAAUGCCUCUUGUUUGUGAUUUUGUUGUUUAGGAGUGGUCACCCGUCUGUUUUGCAGAUAUAAAAAAAAUAAAAAAAUAAAUUCCAUUUUGCAUUGGAAUCAGAAUUG